AUGGCAGAAACGAACGAAUCCAUGGGCAUGGACCCUCCAACGUACGAGGUCGCGUCACAGCCAGGCCAAGAACUUUGUCAACCAACCACCCUGAUCCUCGCCGCUCAGUCUAUCCACGUAAUGACACCAGACUCACCACCGCUCUACCGCCUUAGCCUUGGAAUUGCAGACCUUACGGAUAUCACCACAGAAGUGGAAUUGUCGCGGAUCGAGUCCAGGAAGGACGGCACAGAACGCGAACGUCACAUUUACGACCUGCUGCACAUGCGCUUGGGGCCGGGUGGCUACACAAGGCUGCCGUCUGACUCCCCAAAGUACCACAUCAAACGCCAAACCCGAUCCAUCCCUGGGCUGCAAGACCUCGGCAUGAAGAAAAGCCACUCGCUCAUCCCAGGAAAGAAGCGCUUCGCCGCGGUGCCAGUCGAUGUCUACGGGAAGACCAGCAAAGUCGGCAUCACCAAUUUUGUCAAAGGCGCAGAAGCCGUCUUCACCACGGACGGGCAUGAAUGGGCAGACUCUCAGGGGAACUCUGUGGCAAUCAUGCACGACAAUGAAGACAAGCAGCAUAGCUUAGUCGUGACAGCAACUCUAACUCGAGCCCAAUUUCACAUGCUUGUGGCUUUGUGGUGCUGCCAUGUCUGGGAGUAUGGAUUGGCUCAUGCUGAGAAGGUGCAUGAGGGGAUUGACGGAGGUAAGUUCUGGAAUUGA